AUGCCGUUUGAAGCUGAAGUGGAAAGGUCUGAAGCAGAAGAAGUCGAAGGUUCUUUACCUCAAACCUUGAUCCUGCAAUCUGAAGUUGAAGCUGUAGAACCGCAUAUUCCUAUCCCUCACUCUGAGGAUGUCGUUAUAUCCCAUCAAGCUAAAGCUGAAGCUGAAGCCGAGGAUGAUGACGAUGCCAUCAUAGCUCUUGUUGAAGACGAAGACCUUCCCAGCACCUCUACAACUAAUGCUGGUGAUGAGGAAGAUGAUGAAGAAGAUGAUUCUCUUUCCCUUCCUGAUGUUGGACAAGACUUAGGUGGUGAUGAUGAUGAUGAAGAUGACGAUGAUGACAACUUCACUAUUCAAUACCACACCAGACCUGCCCCAGCUCAAAAAGGAGUCUCUCUCAGGGAAUUUUCAUCCAAGGGGGAGAAAGAGAAAUCUCAAGGAAACCAACACACGACCUCCUAG